CUCUCUGUCUCCUUUUUAACGGCGGAAGCAACAACGAAGCAGCAGAAGUGAUAACCCUCUCUCUCUGGCUGUGUUUAAUCUAUAUGAUUAGAGGCUAGAUCCCAGUUUUUCCGAGUGUCGAUUCUUCUUCAAUCCUUUUCAUGUGAAAGUCUCCCCAAAGCAGCUUCUCCUCCUUCUUCUAUUUUGGGGAAGGGUCUUAGUGGUGUGUUGUGGAGAGUAACUCAUGGGGAAGAAAGCGAAGAAGAAGUCCCGAACCCCAACUAAGGAGAAUCUCUCCAAGAAGGUCUCUGAGCAGCCUAGUGAGACCGGGGAAAUAACUGCGGGAGGUUCAGUUCAAGCAGUUAAGGAGAAACAAGCUUGUGUGCAUUUCGAUAAGGGUCUUAAUUUGGAUAAACUGUUGGAGAAGAUUAAGUCUUCCCGGCAGAUUAAGUGUCAAGAAUGCAAGGAAGGGGUGCACGGUAAGAGAGGAGCUAAGGAAAAGGUUAAUAAGGGGAAACAUGCUUUUUCUUCUUCUGCUGCUGACCCAAAAGCUGACAAGAAGGCUAUUUGGGUUUGUUUGGAGUGUGGGGCUUUUGUUUGUGGAGGUGUUGGUUUACCCACUGGAGCGCAGAGUCAUGUUGUGAGGCAUAUCAGAGUGACUCGCCACCGGUUGAUGAUUCAGUGGGAAAACCCUCAGUUAAGGUGGUGUUUUCCGUGCCAGUCGCUUCUCCCUGUUGAAAAAGAAGACAACGGUGAGAAGAAAGAUGUGUUGCUGGAGGUUGUGAAACUGAUGAAAGAGCGGUCUUUGAACAGUUUAGCUCCAUCUGAGGCUGAAGCGGAGAGCUCAGGAAGUGGCAGUAUCACUAGUGACAUCAAAUUACAAGGUGCUGUCACCACCAGUGGUAUAGAAGCAAGGGAGGGUUACGUUGUGCGAGGGUUAGUUAACCUUGGGAACACAUGUUUCUUUAAUUCGAUAAUGCAGAAUCUUCUUUCCUUGGAUCAGUUACGCGAUCACUUCUUGAAGGAGGAUGCGUCUGGUAUCGGUGGGACUCUUGCUUGUUCCCUGAAGAAAUUAUUUGCGGAAACGAAACCAGAAGCAGGCUUAAAGAGUGUGAUAAACCCCAGAGUCUUUUUUGGGUCUUUCUGUGUUAAGGCGCCACAGUUUAGAGGAUACGACCAGCAUGACAGCCACGAGCUGCUACGCUGUUUGCUAGAUUCCUUGAGCACCGAAGAAUCAGCCUUGAGAAAGAAGCGUGGUGUUUCUGAUAACGAUGAGAAAUCUACUACUCUCAUUGAAUCUGUGUUUGGAGGCGAAACGUCGAGCAUUGUUUCUUGUAUGGAGUGCGGUCACUCCUCAAAAGUCUAUGAGCCGUUCUUGGAUCUUUCUUUACCAGUACCGUUCAAGAAAACACCUCCUAAGAAGCAACCAACCGUUUCUCUAGCAAAGAAAGCUAAGCUUCCACCAAAGAGAGUCGCUAAGCAUGUGUCCAAAGUAAGUAAAGUGUCGAAAGUCCUCCCAAGUAAGGCUUUGUUGGAUCCGAAAUCUCCGGGAAAAGGUGCGGUUGUCCCAGCUGAUCCGGAUGCUUCCUCUUCCAGUUUUGCGCCAGUUGAUAAUGGUACGGUUUCAGAUAACAAGCAGGGCUCGGAAAGUGUAACGCAGAGUGAUAGUGUUUUUGAUAACUUCUGGUUGGAUGUUAUUGGACCAGACCCCUUUGGAGAUGAGACGAAUGUGGAUACGGAAGAUAGUGUCAGUGACAAAAUCACAACUACUGAGGCUAAUCAAAUUCUUCCAGGUCCAGAUAAUUCUUCCAACACCUCAACUUUGGAAGGUAACACAGAGAGGCUGAUGCAAGAUAAUGAUGAGAUUAUAAAGGCAGAAACCUUCUUGGAUGAUAAAGAUGAACAAGCUAUGCAGCAUGAUGAAGGCACAGCUACAAGCGGUGUUUCUACUGAAAUCAAUCAAGCUAGUUUCAUUGGUUGUGAUCCUGGUUUAGGGGAAAGUUCAUCCUCGGUGAAUCCUUGGGAUGAGGAAGAGCUUCCUUUGAUGGUUGCAGAUUCGCAAGUUCUGUACAUGCCGUACAAAGAAAACAUAUCCUAUGAUGAUGAUAAACCAGCUGUGGAAGAAGGCGAGGGUGAGGCAUCAUCAUCUUCAUUUGUGGCUGGUGAUCAUGAGCCACCACAAGACAAUGAUUUUGUUGGUUUAGGGGGUUUAUUUGAUGAGCCUGAGGUUACCGAAGGGCCUGUUGUUUUUGGACCUCCUUGCAAUCCUGAAGCUUCUUCGGGAGGAGCUGGUUUUAUGGCGUUCAGCAGCGAGUCUGAUCCUGAAGAAAUAGAUGAUUCGGAUUCGCCGGUGUCUGUAGAGAGGUGCUUGGCUCAUUUCACUAAGCCUGAGAUUUUGUCUGACGACAACGCUUGGAACUGCGAGAACUGUUCAAAGAACCUGAAGCUCCAACGGUUGAAGGAAAAGAGAAAAUCCAAGAAAGAUGAAUCGAGAUCAAGCAACACCAGCAACGGAUGGGUGAGUGAAAAUGAAGAUGUUUCAGCAAUGAAGCAAGAUCCAAGUGAUGGUUCUAGUAGUGUCAAGGAUGAUGGGAAAGAAGCUAUGAGUUCUAACUCAGCUAAUGACAGUGUAAGUGAAGAAGAAAGCGAAGAAGAUUCCGAGAAAGUGACAACAGUGAAAAGAGAUGCAACUAAAAGAGUACUUGUGAACAAAACUCCACCUGUCUUAACCAUACAUCUAAAGCGAUUCAGCCAAGACCUGCGUGGGAGGCUAAGUAAGUUAAAUGGUCAUGUUGCUUUCAAAGAAGUCAUCGAUCUUCGACAGUAUAUGGACUCAAGGUGUAGUGGAGAAGACUCGCCAGUCUAUAGAUUGGCUGGACUGGUGGAGCAUUCAGGGACGAUGAGAGGAGGUCACUAUGUGGCGUAUGUUAGAGGAGGUCAGAAAGGUAAAGAGAGUGUGUGGUAUAACAUAAGCGAUGCACAUGUCCGUCAGGUUUCGUUGGACAAGGUUAUGCAUUCAGAAGCGUAUAUCUUAUUCUACGAACGGAUCUUCACACAAGACUAAGAUUAUUUUUGUUGAUCUCCAUUAUACUGAAAAAGGAAAGUUUUUGACGAUCACAUUAGAUCAAAUACCAUUAGUUUUGUUUUU